UUAGUAAGUAAAGAAGCAGUCAAGGGUUAUCACCUCUUAGCAAUUGCAAAUGUUGUUCAAAAUGAAGCUAAGAAAGUGUAUGAAAAUUUAGGUAUAGAAUAUCUCAAGACGCAGGAUGUUACUAAUAUUAAAUUUAAAUUCGUGAGCCUAAUGAAUUUACAUCUUAUUGGUGAAUCUAGUAUAAAAGCUGAUAUUAUUGAAACAGUAAAAUUCUUAACUAAAAAAAACUAUCAAGUAGAUGAUUUUUUAUUUGAAAACCUUACUAUAGGUUUUGUUUUGCAAAUUCAGAACAAUUAG